ACGAGGCGUGUCUAUGGAAGAUUGACGUCUAGCGUGUCGAACGGUUGUAAAUUUACAAACUUUGAUGGUGGACACCCGGAAACCUGUAAAGCUUUCCCAACAACAGGUGUACUGGAUGAAGCAGUAGGGGUGUAGUAGAACAAUUUUAGUGUUUUGUUUCUGUAAAGCCCUCACUGCCCAGUCCAGCAAUGCCUGCCGGCCAGCAUGAGCCAAUAUUGACCCAGUCCUAUAGGCAACAUUCCUCGCUCACUAACGGGGACGAGUCUGCUGCCAGCAUCCUACAGUCUGUUAAAGAACAGGAAGCCCAGUUUGAACAGUUAACCAGAGAGCUAGAAGCUGAACGGCAAAGUGUAGCCAAUCAGCUGGAGAGGUGUAAACUUGGGAGUGAGACGGCUAGCAUGAGCAGCAUUAGCAGUACAGAUGAUUCUUUUCAUUGGCGAGGACAGCAAACACAAACCACAGAUUCUCAUUUUGAUGAAGAUGAUGGUCAGGAUGAGCAAGAUGAUAGUAAAAUGAGUGGAACACAACUUGUUGAUUCCUGUUUGGCUGAAGAGAAAAAACGAAUCAUGGAGAUUCAUCCUCAACGACGUGUACUUCAAGAAAGGGGGUUGAUGGGAGGAAUUGGUGAAGAUCCAAUGGAGAGUUACCACAACAAUUCCACCCAUUCUGGGGCAGGAAAUUACGCUAACUAUUCACAGAUGAAUUCAUCCUAUGGAGAUGAGCCUUACAGAAUGGCCAAUGGACCAUCCAGUUAUGACCCCUACCGGAGUGGCUCCCCCCACGGGUCACAUGCAUCAUAUCAUAGUGGAGGACAGCCAUAUCCACAGAUGUCUGGUACAAAGAUUGCGUCAGUGAGAGGUCCAGGGUCAGUUGGUUCCUAUCAGAACGAUGAGCGCACAUCAAAUUACACCAACUACACAGCCUUGCAGCACCCUCCACCAUCACCAGGAAGCCAGGACAGAGGAACGCCAACAAACUAUGGACCAAGGUUCACUUCUGAGACAGAUCCUUACUACUCCAAUAAUGAUUACUAUGAUCAUUAUCAUCCGCUUAGAGAUAAUGAGCCAAGUCAUUAUAAUGGACCAAGUCACCCCCCUGAUAAUUAUGAUGACCGGUAUGGAGAGAUUCCACAAGGCAACAGCAGUUAUGCUAACCUGCCACCACUAGAUGAAAACAGAGGAGACUAUUAUAGACCUCCUCAUGAUGACAGUUAUGUGAACUAUCCCCCUUUAAAUGAAGAUCAGUAUAGUGACCGUGGUGGGGGACAUGGCUAUGGUAAUAGGCCUGAAGAGGAUUACAGGAGGACCCCUGUGGAUCAGGAUUACAGGCAGAGUCCCCUGCAUGACAGGGGGAAUGAUUAUCCCGAGUCUGGACCUAGGGACCCCCAGUACAUCCUCAAUGAGGACAGACCCCCUUUAGAUGAUGGUCAGUACCAGAGUGACCCAUACAAUGACAAUAUGUAUCCUCGCAGAGAUGACCAAGAAGACCCCUCACAGUUCAGGCCACGUUAUGAUGAUGAUCGUUAUGGAGAGCCAUACAGAGAUCAGGAUGACCAGUACAGGGGACCAUAUGUGGAUGAUGACCAGUACCCUCCUGAUGACAGCAGAGAAGGACCACAUCACAUUCCAGGUGGCUACCCACCAAGAGAGGAAGACCAUUAUCCUGUGCCAUUGGAGCAGGGCCGUUACACCAUCCCUCCAGAAGAUGAUGACAGGUAUGGAGGUCCUAUGCCUGCACACCUGCCCCCAAGGGAGGACCCAGUGGAAGAGGAUCCGUACAGGAAACCACAUGUGGAGGAAGAUCCUUACAGUAAACCAAUGAAGGGUAAUUAUGGCCAUCCGCUGGGCAGUGACUCCUACUACCCUCCACAUGAUGAGGAUGUGUCCAGUGACCAUCCUGUGGAUACCUCUUUCCAAAGAAACCUUGGACCAGAGGACAGAUACAGGACACCAUCUCCUGGGGGCAGUGGGAGUGACAGAAAUGGGCCUCCUGGCUACCCACCUGAUGACCUGGCAAGACAAGCAGCAUACCCAGUCCAGGGGGGCAACUAUGACCCCAGGCGGUCUCCAUCUAUAGACAGCCAAACUAGGGACAGGUGGAGGAACCCAGAUCUUCCAGAGGUGAUAGAUUUCCUUGGACACCCUAAUGAUGCUAUCAAAGCUAAUGCUGCUGCCUACUUGCAGCACCUGACAUACAUGGAUGAUCCACUGAAAGGGAAGACAAGGGCUCUUGGAGGAAUCCCAGCUCUGGUUGAGUUGUUGAACAUAGAGAUUCCAGAAGUUCACAGAAAUGCCUGUGGAGCACUUCUCAAUCUGUCCCAUGGCAAGGCUAAUAAUGAAAAUAAGAGAGCAAUAAAGAAUGCAGGGGGCAUCCCAGCUCUAGUGAGGCUACUGAGGAGGACACCAGAUAAUGAUGUCAGGGAACUUGUAUCAGGAAUAAUUUGGAAUCUUUCAUCUUGUCAGGAUCUGAAGAGGGCAAUCAUAGAUGAUGCCUUGACAGUAAUAGUGAAUACAGUGGUGAUCCCACAGUCAGGUUGGGAGAAAAAUGUUGACACCGAAGACAGCAAGCCAAAAGACAUCUACUGGUCUACUGUGUUCAGAAAUGCUAGUGGGAUUCUAAGAAAUGUAAGCUCAGAAGGUGAUUAUGCCAGGAAAAAGUUACGAGAAUGUGAAGGUCUAGUUGACUCCAUACUGUAUCUACUUAGGGCGGCUAUUGGGAAAAAUGAUAUUGACAACAAAUCUGUGGAAAAUUGUGUCUGUGUCUUGAGGAAUCUUUCCUUCAGAUGCCAAGAAGUAGAGGAUCCAGAUUUUGCCAGAAAGAGGACGCUGCAGAGACAGCAACAACAGCAAGAAUCCGUGUCUUGCUUUGGGGGUAAAAAGAAAAAAGAGCCUUUCAAGCUGGACAACAGAGGGCCCAGUGGGCCUUAUUCAAGGCCCAGAACAGACCCAGUAAGGGGCAUGGAGUUACUGUGGCAACCAGAAAUAGUGCAUGUGUACCUGCCUCUGUUAUCAGACUGUUCUAAUCCUGAGACCCUAGAGGCAGCAGCUGGUGCCAUACAGAACCUGUGUGCCUGUGACUGGCAGCCAUCUAUUGACAUAAGAGAGAAAGUGCGUAAAGAGAAAGGGUUACCUAUCAUAGUGGAGUGUCUGGGCAUAGAGGCAGACAGAGUGGUGUCUGCUGCUGCCAUAGCUCUCAGGAACCUGGCACUGGAUACAAGAAAUAAAGAAUUAAUAGGCAAGUAUGCCAUGCGUCAGCUUGUGAUGAAGUUGCCACCAGAUGGGAUGUUAAAGGAAGGCCCUCCCAGUGAUGACACAAUAGGUGCUGUCAUAGCAACGCUGCAUGAAGUCAUACGAGGAAGCUCGGUUUUUGCUCAGUCUCUUCUUCAUGAAGGUGGGGUGAAGAGAUUAAUGCAGAUUAAGAGCUCCAGGGGAAGAUAUAAUGAAAAAGUCAUGAAAUUUACUUAUGCAAUCCUUAAUUUAAUGUGGCAGUUUAGCGAACUGAAAGUAGAGUAUAAAAAGAAUGGAUGGAAGGAGCAACAUUUUGUCACAAAAACGCCAAAGAGUCCCCUCCAUGGCAGUCCAAACAACACAUUAAGUCGCCCUAUGAGUGACCAGAGUGGUGUGAGCUCAGGUUACAGGGACCAGACCCUGCCCCCAGUCAGCAGGCAGCCUAACAGGCAGGAGUUCCCCUCCAGUCCUGAGCAGGACAGAUACAGACCACAUGAUAGGAAGCAGCCAGAACACAUCCCUAUGAAUGAUAUUCACCGAGGCCAGUCUGGAGGCUAUGCCACCAUAGACAACUCUCACAGGGGACAUGGCAAUUACAGAGAGGAUAGGCUUGACUAUGGAAGAGGACCACUGGGCCAGCAGCCACAGCCUUUAGAACAACCUCGAGAGCCUCUGUAUGCACAAGUGGACAAGAGAAGUAAGCGACGUUCGGAAAUAGAUUCAUCCCAGCGCAGUCUCUUGCAGGACGAUGUCAAUGUCAGUUUUGGUGGCCAUAGCAACCAUGUACGGCUAGACAGUAGUGGAGGCGGAGGAGGGGCAGACUCCUGGGUGUAGACACCUCUAUGAAGCCAUACAGGGAUAUGCUGUGGGUUAUAAUAAGUCGAAUUACUAUCCUCAGCCUGUAAGAGAUACUGCAUAUCAGGCUACCUCUAUGCCAUCUUAACUUAUCUUCUGCUUACUGACAGAACUAUUGUCCUAGAAGAAUCAUGUGCUUACACUGAGAAUUGGGCUGAAGUGGCAAAUAGUGUGCUCUUUGGUGUCAGGAAUUCAAAAACUGGAACACAGGAACUGAUGCUGCUCGGCACAAAAAGAAUAAGAAAGAGGAAAUGUUACUGGUAUGAAGAACUACUGUGUUUUCACUAAAGUCAAAAAGGAAGAAAUUGAUGAUAAAUGCUAUUGAACAUUGCACAGUCAGUUGUCUGUAUUAUCAAGUACAGAGUAUAACCCAAACUUUUCCAGCCUGGGGGAUACAUUGGUAUGCAUAAAGGGUUAAAUUUCAAUAACCUGCUGAGAUGAAACUCUAUAUUAAUUGCAUUACAACUCAGCGUCCAGUAAUCUCAAGGAUGAAUUUGAAAUGUAAAUAGUGUGUACUUAGCUAUGAAUUGAUACUAUGUAGAGCUAAUACAAUCGAUGGGGACUUGAAACGGGAAUACUGCCCAACUGGAUGAGGUUUAUUCAUCAUAGUUAAUUGAUUGAUGCAGUUAAAUCAUCCUCCCUGCUUGUCUGUUUUGUAGACCUUAUUUAAUAAUCAUAAAACCAUUUUGCCUUGUCUAAUAUGUGGAUAGUGCUUCUCUUGUCUCAUGCAGUAUGGUUAGGGGUGGCUACAGCACCACAGAGGUGUAGUGAAUCUUACAUAUUUAUAUAGACCCUGCAUAUUCAUACUGUUGCAGAACUUAAUUGGUACACAUGUGAAAUAUGAAAAUCACACACCUUUUUUAUUAUUAUUAUGCAGGCAGUGUAUAUAGAAAUACAAUCAUUUUCUGAUUGUAAUUUUUAUCUAUUUAAUCUGCUCACUACAUAUCACAAUUAAUGCUAUAAUUGUAGAUAUAUGUGCCUGGAAAUGGGAUCUGUUGUUCAGUGAUUGAAUGCAGCAUGAUAGAAAAAGAGUCCCACCACUUUCUUUUUACAAAUAUUUAAUGCAAAAGAAGCAUGUAAAACACAAGAGAUUUAAUGCACUUUGGUACAUCAAUACAAAACCUAGAUGUUGCACUUCUGUACAGGAAAUCAUGUGUAUGUAUAUACUAGUAACCAUUGAACUACACAAGCAAAGUGCAACUUUUCACAAUCAAAAAUUGAGAAAUGUUUCAGUGUGUCGUGAGAAACACAUGGAUCCACAUUUCACUGGGAUGGUAUAUCGUGAUUAUCUUGUAGAAGUGUCAUAGAUACCCCGUUUUUGUAUAAGGGACCCCAAGGGCCAGAUACUGUUUAAUAGUCAUGUCCAUUGUAAGUCUAUUACAAAAUUGCUUGCAAAGCAUUGAGUAGACUUAUAUUUCAAGAUUCAUUUUUUUACUUCUGUGCACGUAUAUAUAUAGAGCCAAUUUGUUAUUCAUAUUCGAGGUUCUUUUGGGAAAUAACUAAAAGUAGAAGAUGGCUAGAUAAAUUUGAAGCAGCAUCCUGCCAAGUAUAUCUUCACCAUUAUCCAAUAUUUUCAUUCAGCUAAUCAUAUCAGCUUAAUGGCAAGGGAGACUAAGGUGAUCACUGGUUCAUUUCAUUCGGUUUCAGUAAACAUUUCUGAAUAUCAGAGCAUAUAAUUCAAUUCUAGGGAUAUUGGGGUGCACUUUUUGUACAGAGCUAGAACUUUUUAUUAGCCAAGAGACUUCCUAGCGGAUAUAUUGUAUAAUUAAGUUUUACAUAUCAGGCUAUUGUAUCUAUUAAAAGCAAGCGUGUUUGACAAU